CCACUAGACGGAUAGAAAAAGGUGUCAAAAAGCCACAGCCACAGAUGCUGAAGACUCCUGCUGCUAAUGGUAUCAUUGAAAGAGAUGAAACGCCUAUGGAGAAAGAAAUUGCGCGUCUGCAUCGAGUGGACUUUGAAUUCUCUGACAUAUUCUACUUCUGCAGAAAAGGGUUUGAGGCCAUUGUGGAAGAUGAAGUCACCCAAAGGUUUUCCUCUGAAGAGCUGGUGUCCUGGAAUCUCCUUACAAGGACUAAUGUCAACUUCCACUACAUCAGUCUGAGGCUGACUGUUGUGUGGGUCAUUGGGGUUAUAGUGCGGUACUGCUUCCUGCUGCCCCUACGGUUUACCCUUGCUGCCAUUGGGAUUUCCUCAAUGAUUGUGGGGACAACAAUGGUAGGACAGCUGCCAAACAGCAGUGUGAAAAACUAUCUGAGUGAAGUGGUCCACCUCACGUGCUCCCGCAUCCUUGUCAGAGCUCUGUCUGGUACUAUCCGUUACCAUAACAAGGAAAACAAACCUCAGAAAGGAGGAAUUUGUGUUGCCAACCACACAUCACCGAUAGAUGCGAUCAUUUUGACAAAUGAUGGAUGCUAUGCAAUGGUUGGCCAGGUUCACGGUGGACUAAUGGGAGUUAUUCAGAGAGCCGCAGUCAAGGCCUGUCCUCACGUCUGGUUUGAACGCUCGGAAGUCAAAGACCGCCAUCUAGUGACAAAAAGACUCAGGGAACAUGUGGCGGAUAAGAGCAAGCUCCCGAUCUUAAUUUUUCCAGAAGGGACCUGCAUAAACAAUACAUCUGUGAUGAUGUUCAAGAAGGGGAGCUUUGAAAUAGGAGGGACAAUCUAUCCUGUUGCAAUCAAAUAUGAUCCUCAGUUUGGAGACGCAUUCUGGAACAGCAGCAAAUAUAACAUCGUGAGCUAUUUGCUGCGAAUAAUGACCAGCUGGGCCAUUGUUUGCAAUGUGUGGUACAUGCCACCGAUGGUUAGAAAG